CGACCAAACCGGUCGCGUGCCCGUCGGGAGGCGCUGCUGCCCUGCGGCGCAGAGGCGCAACUGGGGCAGGAGCGGGGACGCCCCGGGCUGAGCCGAGCUCCAGAGCGCCAGGCAAUUGGCUCUUGCCGCCGCCGCAGCUUAGUCCCUCCCUGGGAUUCCGGCUCGGCUUUUGGAAGCUCGUCGCCUGCGGCAAGCCCGGCUUCUCGGUCGCUUGGAGGUGGGUGUGCGGGAGACUCCGGCUGCCGAAGGAGGAGGAGGAGGCCUUUCUCCGAGCCUCCCACGGAACCCGAGCCUGGCCUGCUGCUGGGGAACUGCGUGUGUCCUGGAAAAAUUGACAGCAUCAAUGAAAGGGCUGAUUCCCUCUCUCAACUGCAGGCUGUUUGUAACAUAGCUAAGAAAGAUGCAGACUAUAGCUGAAAAUGGAGAUCCCCCUUCUGAAAAACAAAAUGAGGAGAAAACGUAUAAAAAGACUGCAUCUUCAGCUAUCAAAGGUACCAUACAAUUGGGAAUAGGAUACACAGUGGGCAACCUUACAUCUAAACCAGACAGAGAUGUACUUAUGCAAGAUUUCUACGUAGUCGAAAGCGUAUUUCUUCCCAGUGAAGGAAGCAAUCUGACUCCGGCUCAUCAUUAUCCAGACUUUAGAUUUAAGACCUACGCUCCACUAGCUUUCCGUUACUUCAGAGAACUUUUUGGUAUUAAGCCUGAUGACUACUUGUAUUCAAUUUGCAGUGAACCAUUAAUAGAAUUAUCGAAUCCUGGUGCCAGUGGCUCCUUGUUCUUUGUCACUAGCGAUGAUGAAUUCAUAAUCAAAACAGUUCAACACAAAGAAGCAGAAUUCCUUCAGAAACUGUUGCCUGGCUACUACAUGAAUCUCAACCAGAACCCAAGGACGCUUUUACCCAAAUUUUAUGGCCUGUACUGUGUUCAGUCGGGAGGUAUUAAUAUCAGGAUAGUUGUGAUGAACAAUGUUCUGCCUCGAGCACUGAAAAUGCAUUAUAACUACGACUUGAAAGGGUCUACGUACAAAAGAAGAGCAUCCCGAAAAGAACGGGAGAAGUCUAAUCCCACAUUUAAAGACUUGGAUUUCUUGCAAGAUUUGCACGAAGGAUUAUAUUUUGACUUGGAAACGUAUACCGCAUUGAUGAAGACACUACAAAGGGAUUGCCGAGUGCUGGAAAGCUUUAAAAUCAUGGAUUAUAGUUUGUUGCUUGGCAUCCACAUCUUGGACAGUUCAGCAAAAGAGAGAGAAGGGGAGUUUUCUCAAAACACCUCUGACUCUAAACGCCCAGGAGGACAAAGAGUUCUUUAUUCAACUGCUAUGGAGUCCAUUCAAGGUCCAGGAAAAUCAGGGGACUGUGUCAUCACAGAAAAUACCAAUACAAUGGGAGGCAUUCCAGCUAAAAGCUACAGAGGAGAAAAACUGCUCCUAUUUAUGGGCAUAAUUGACAUCUUGCAGUCGUACAGGUUAAUAAAGAAGUUGGAGCAUUCUUGGAAAGCCCUUGUUUAUGACGGAGAUACAGUUUCAGUCCACCGACCAAGUUUUUAUGCUGACAGGUUUUUAAAGUUUAUGAGUACCAGAGUAUUCAAAAAAAAUCAGCUUCUGAAGUCAUCUCCUUCCAAGAAACGAUGCAAUUCUAUUGCUGCUCUAAAAGCUACAUCACAAGAAUAUGUGUCAGUAGUUAGCCAAGACUGGACAGAUGAAAAGCAUGAUUUACUCACAGAAGGACAAAGUUACUGUAGCCUUGAUGAAGAAGUAUUAGCCUCCCGACAUCCAGAUUUAGUGCCAAGCACAGCAUCUCUGUUUGAAGCCGCUUCUUUAGCAACCACAAUUUCUUCCUCUUCUCUCUACGUAGAUGACCCUUAUCAACAUGACGGAACUAGGUUUUAUUCAAACAGUAAAGGGUUGCCUUCAAGUUCAACAUUCACUUUAGAAGACAGUGCCAUCUGCUUGACUUCAGAACAGAGCACGGUGGAAACUGAGACUGAUAAUGCUUCUGUCCUGGAUGUAUAUUUAUAACAGAAGAUGAAAGAAAAUGAGCAUAUUUUAACAAAUGCACUUUCUGCACUUCAGAUUUAUGAGGAAAAUUUUUGUUAAGCCUGGUAAACAAAGUCUUAAUCAUCAGAGCUCUACAGAAAUCAUCAAACAGUUCUUGAACUAUAGACAUCCCACCCUAGACUCGGCAGAUGAGAUGGGAAACAUUCCACAAUUAAUCAUGGCCUGCUGUUGCCUGCUCAACUGUGAAGCCUUGCCUCUUCCAUCUUUUUAGCUGCUACUUCUACUUUCCUAUUGUCUUUUCAGGACUUGAAGGUGGUAUUUUCAUUUGCAUGUAUUCAGUGAUCAUGGACAAAAAUAUCUAAUCCACCUUUCCUAUUUAAAGAGCCAUCUUCAUAGUGGUGACUAUUCUAUAAACCAAUUCUGCUUUUCUCCCUUCCCCCCAGAAUUAUGAUUGCUCAUCUGUUAAUUUCAUACAAGAGGUAGUAUGUCUGCACAUAACUUUAUGGAAACUAUCUUCUAUAAAGAAAUUUUCACUGUUUAUUAGUGAAAUAAAGAAGCUAUUUAUAACAAAGCCUUAUGUUGUGUACAUAUAUUGUCUUUGAAAUAUUUGUGAUUAGAUAUAUUGCUUGUA